AUGCCUUUGAAGUCGUUUUUUUUUUCAGCAUUUCUAGUUUUAUGCCUGUCUAAAUUCACGCAAGGCGUUGGCACCACAGAGAAGGAAGAAUCGUUAUCGCCUUUGGAACUAAAUAUUUUACAAAACAAAUUCGCCUCCUACUAUGCAAACGACACUAUCACCGUGAAAGGUAUUACUAUUGGCGGCUGGCUAGUAACAGAACCUUAUAUCACGCCAUCAUUAUAUCGUAAUGCUACGUCACUGGCAAAACAGCAAAACUCUUCCAGCAAUAUCUCCAUUGUCGACGAAUUUACUCUUUGUAAAACCUUAGGAUAUAACACCUCUCUAACUUUAUUGGAUAAUCACUUCAAAACUUGGAUUACAGAGGAUGAUUUUGAACAAAUCAAAACCAACGGUUUCAAUUUAGUUAGGAUCCCCAUCGGAUAUUGGGCGUGGAAACAAAAUACUGAUAAAAACUUGUACAUCGAUAACAUAACUUUCAAUGAUCCAUACGUAAGUGAUGGAUUACAACUGAAAUAUUUAAAUAAUGCUCUCGAAUGGGCGCAAAAGUACGAACUAAAUGUAUGGUUAGAUCUACAUGGUGCUCCUGGAUCCCAGAAUGGAUUCGAUAAUUCCGGUGAAAGAAUACUCUAUGGCGAUUUAGGCUGGUUAAGGUUGAAUAAUACUAAAGAACUGACUCUGGCUAUUUGGAGAGAUAUGUUCCAGACAUUUUUAAAUAAAGGUGACAAAAGUCCUGUGGUGGGUAUUCAAAUCGUCAACGAACCGCUUGGUGGCAAAAUCGAUGUUUCAGACAUAACGGAGAUGUAUUACGAAGCAUUUGACUUGCUCAAGAAAAAUCAGAAUUCGAGUGACAACACUACGUUUGUUAUUCAUGACGGUUUUCAAGGAAUCGGUCACUGGAACUUGGAGCUAAACCCAACCUACCAGAAUGUAUCGCAUCAUUAUUUCAAUUUGACUGGUGCAAAUUACAGCUCUCAAGAUAUAUUGGUCGACCAUCAUCAUUAUGAAGUGUUUACUGAUGCGCAAUUGGCCGAAACUCAGUUUGCACGUAUUGAAAACAUUAUCAAUUAUGGGGACUCUAUCCACAAAGAACUUUCUUUUCACCCAGCAGUAGUCGGAGAAUGGUCAGGCGCUAUUACUGAUUGUGCAACCUGGCUAAAUGGUGUUGGGGUGGGUGCACGUUACGAUGGAUCAUACUACAAUACAACGUUGUUUACCACCAACGACAAGCCAGUUGGAACAUGUAUAUCCCAAAAUAGCUUAGCUGAUUGGACGCAAGAUUACCGUGACCGUGUGAGACAAUUCAUUGAGGCACAGCUAGCCACUUAUUCGUCAAAAACAACGGGAUGGAUUUUUUGGAAUUGGAAGACCGAAGACGCCGUAGAAUGGGAUUAUUUGAAGCUAAAAGAAGCUAACCUUUUCCCUUCCCCUUUCGACAACUACACGUACUUCAAAGCAGAUGGAUCUAUCGAAGAAAAAUUCUCAUCCUCUUUAUCAGCACAGGCAUUUCCAAGAACAACGUCAUCGGUUUUGUCCUCCACUACGACUUCCAGGAAGAGUAAGAAUGCUGCAAUUUCUAAUAAACUAACAACUUCGCAGCUAUUACCAAUCAAAAAUAUGAGUUUGACCUGGAAAGCGAGCGUAUGCGCACUCGCUAUCACCAUUGCCGCUCUUUGCGCUUCUCUUUAA